GGAGCAGGAGGCAAUGCUGUGGUGGCUGCGAGAUGAACUGCGGGAGAGGGCGAUCUCUCUUCCGGGGACCAGGAGGCUUGGGGAAAACCAAGGCCUGCCAGUUUCCACUCAAGACAGCCCCUUUGGGGAUUCUCCCCUAAGCCGAAGCUACUGCUGGCCAUUGAAGCCAGACCUGGCACCUCAAGGUGAGGACACCUCACAGGGUGCUGUGUGCCAGCCCAGUAACAAGGGAGUGGAUGACGAGAGGGAAGACCCGUGAUAAGACAUGCAGACCCUGAGCCCAUCCAGGUCGCAAAGAUCCAGAAUCCCAGAAGUUCCCAAGGCUCUGGUCACAGGUCACAAUUCCCCUGAGCUGUUUGAAAAGUCCUGGCCAUCCAGCUCAGGGACCCCUUCCCCACCCAGCACCACUGAGGAACAGAUGGGGACUUCCCCACCAUCCCCCCUGACUGACAGUAGUGACUCCGUAGUGGCCAGGUUCAUAAACCGGUUCCGCCAGGCUCAGCCCACAAGCCGAGAGGAACGCCAGCCCGCAGGUCCAACCCCAGCUGACUUUUGGUGGCUGCAGCCUGAAUCUCCAGACCCUAGCAGUAAACUUGCAACAGCAGGAGCCAAUAAACCAGAAGGAAGACUCAACACAGCAGUCCCGACUCUUGCCAAGGUGACCAGUGCAUCACAGGCUAAGGCUAUGGCCCCCCUUCAGGAAAUAAAGCAGAGCCUCAGCACAUGGAACGCAUCCCUACUGGACCUGGAGAUGCUGAGUCUGCAAAGCAGAGCUGCCAGGCUGCUGAAACACAGCAAGGCCUCUGUCUCCUCCUCCUCCCGAAGCCUCAGUGAUGUCAACAAUUCCUCCUUUCCCAUCAGCUCUCUUGGCCUUUCUCCUUCCUCCAUGACCUUCACCCCUGACUCCGGCAAGGGCUCUGAUGCCAAGGCACAUGCAACUCCUGCACCAGCCCCCAUCCCUGCUCCAGCCCUGGUUUCCUCCCAGGCACCCCUGCAGCCAGAGGAUGACAUUCUGUACCAGUGGCGGCAGCGGCGGAAGCUUGAACAGGCUCAAGGAGGUCAGGGUGAUGGAACCUGGGUGCUGCCAGGGACCUCUGCCCGUACCACUCCGGUCCCUGUCUCCAUCUGUCCACAGACCUUGCCUGCCCCUGCAGAGACUCUUGGUUCUCUGGGAACACAGUCUAACUGCAUGCCACUUUGGGGCAGUGUGGCCCCACCUGGUCCCCACCAAGCCUUCUAUGUGGAGAGACCUCCUAUUCCCCCAGGGUUCUCUCCACACAUCUUUUGGGGCCCCAGCCCCCAUGGGUUUCUCUGGGCACCACAAACUGGUCCGUGGGUAUCUUUCAGGGACUUGCCUGGGACCUCUACUCCUAUGCCUCUUACCACCCACCAGGGUCUGCCCAACCCUGAGCCAUGCAGUCCAGCCCAGCCAGAGAGGCAGGGCCCCAAGCCCCGAAGGGGUAGAACCCCGUGCCCAGAACCUGCUGGGCAGGUCACAGUGGCUGACCAGGGACCUGGUCCGCAACUCAGAGGCCCUCUCGGUCAGGUAGUGGCCGCUAGGCUAUUUCCGGAAAGCCUGGGGGACACGCACUCUCCCCUCGAGGGCCUGCCUCCAUCCCUAGCUGAAUCUCCUAAAAUCAAGGCUACACACCCUCAAACCAAGGUUAAACACUCUCUAUCUGAUUCAGGGUUUCCACAGGCAGAGAUCCCGCCUGAACCUUCUAAGGCUGAGUUUCUGAAUGCCAAGGUCACGCCCUCCGCAGGGGGGUUGGUGCUUUGCAAGGAGGUCAGGCAGGCUCAGACCAAGUUCUCGCCCCCUCCAGCUGAGGAGGCUUCUGCCAGAGUCAAGUCCCCGCCCCCUCUGAUCGAGGCGGGGUCUUUAGAAGCUGUGGUCAUGUCCUUGCCUGCUGCUGACCACACCCAGCCAGAGGAUCUACUCUCCCAGGCUGCUGGGCUUCUGCAGGCUGCUGAAGACUCUGACAGCAGCGAGUUCCAGGAGGACCCUGUACUGCAGGUGCUAAGGGUUCAGAGGGCAGAGCUGCGGCGGCAAAAAAGGGAAGUGGACACACAAUUAUCCUUCCUGCUGGGCCACACUGAAGACCCAGGGUCUUGGUCUCCAGCUAGAUCACCCCCCGGCACCCGGGUCCCCAAGGAUGCUACUGAGGAGAGAAGGAGCCUCGCUUGAGUCCAGAAGGCUUUGGAUUGUACAAAUUCUGUUUUUCCCAAUAAAUUUUUU